UUUUUUCCUCACAAUUCAUCCAUACCGGGCUACCCUCUCCACAGUUCAGUAUGGCGUUGAGAACUUGCAUUACAGUUUUGGCGGCUUUAGGGUUGGCAACUGCACAGAGCAGCAUUGUCUCGCUGUUUAUCCCUGACUCCGACCCACAACCCCUGGCCGCCUCAGUCGUGGGACAAGGUAAUGGUGCCAUCACCUACAGCAUCAACUGCCCUCCCGGUACUGAUGGCUCGGAUUGUGGAAUGGGACCAGGAAUGUGGUAUACCUCAGCAUCUAAGACCAUUGAAUUCGCGAUCAGUGAGCCUGAAGAAGAUUUUUGGGGCCGUGUUGUCUGCUCUAUGGGUGGCACGACAAGUGCCGUUUGCACGGAGAUGAUGAGAGGCACUGGGGCCAAUUUCCCUGGAACAUCGACGUCCGAUUAUGCUCAAAGCGAUAUUACAUUCUUCCCAGUCACCGUCACAGCUGGUCCCACCACCACAGCCUCUGCAUCCACCACGAAUGAUGUGACCAGCUCCGCUCUCACAUCUAACAAGACGCAUAUUUCUGGAAGCACUGCGUCGUCGACCUCAGUGGCAUCAUCCGCUACCGUCGCUUCUCAUUCGAGCACUGGCGGCUUGUCGCGGAUCACCGGUAGCCCUCGCGUUGUCUUGGGAGGUGCUGCAGCUGCACUUGUCGCGGCUGCUUGGUGAUGACCGAUAGCCUGAGAGUUCAAUGAUCAAUGAGCUGGUUCCCGAUCGGAAUUGUGCUGAUCAAUGGUGGUUGGUUAUUGUUUCAUCACUACACCUUUUUGGAGGCGUUUUACCGUGUCAUUAUUAUUCGGCUGUAUAUUGAAUCGCAUUUAAAUGAAUUAAUUGGCAUUUUUCAGUGAGAAAA